AUGCCUUAUCACCAAACGGAAAGUCAAAUCCGGGUGGAGCAUCUGCGUCCAGGCGAAACCUCGUUUGACGAGGCAGACAACACCGCCAAGGAGUGCCAAUACCACGAUGGAGAAAAUCAAGAGUCGUACCCGGAAGGAUUCGUGUGGACCUGCUGUGAAAAGCGUGGUGAUGAGGACGGCUGCAAGCUCGGUCGCCGUGUCAGAUUAGCGACAUGCCAAGUCACGUGGUUGACCCCGGUCGUGGCGCCGAUCCACCGCAGGGGGGGGGGGCUGAACAAGCGACUCCGAGGCGAUGAGGAUAACGAGGACGACGAGGACGACGAGGACGACGAGGACGACGAGUGA